AUCACGGUUAUGUUCAUCCUCGGGACGCUCUACUUUGCAUCGGCUACGCGCACUAAUGAAAUGGAAUUCAUCGAGAAUCGAAACUACCCAGGAGGUCCCGUUGCGUGGGCUUCAGCAGCGUUUUCAAUACCCAUUAACUUGCUGGGUGUCAUUGUUUAUGUGCUUGCUAAUUGGCUUGCGGAUGGUUUGAUGCUCUGGCGGUGCACGGUCGUCUGGUCCGGCCGAUUCAUAUGGUUUAUCAUGUCGGUUCCGUUCCUUGUCUACUUGACCUCGAUCGCCAUGGGCAUACUCUUGAUGUUUGACGAAUCACGCCCCGGUGCAAGCAUUUGGCAAGCGUCUAGCGUGAACAUCGUUCUGGCAUACUAUUCCACGUCACUGGCUCUGAAUAUAUUCCUCACCAUCCUGAUUCUGGUCCGUUUACUGCUUCAUCGGAGAGCGGUCAUCAAUGCGCUCGGAAGAUCCCAUUCAGCUCAAUACACCUCCACAGCGGCGAUGCUGGUGGAAUCUGCUGCGCUCUACGCCAUAUGUUCAAUCCUCUUCCUGGUACCAUAUGUGGUGAAUCACCCCUUGCAAGGCAUUUUCAUGCAAGUUCUCAGUCAAGUACAGAUUAUAGCACCAUUACUCAUCAUCUAUCGCGUUGCCACCGGUCGUGCUUGGUCUCGCAAAACAACGGCG